AUGUCACACCCUCAAGAACCCACGCGACAGCCGACUGUAGACGAGACGGAACGCUACAAAGUCACGCUGCACCGCGCCGCCAUCGCAUGUCUCUUCGUCUGUCCCGCUCUGGCCGCCCUACCGCCACGUAAAUUAGACUUCUAUACCAUCUCGUUGAUCGGUAUGACCGGCUUCUCUGGAAACUACCUGUACCGCGAAUCACAAGGCCAAAGCAUCUGGAAAGUCAUUGGCGGCAGCAAGGCCGAAGACAUGCGACCAAAGGGCGACACAUCACUACCCACCGACAAAGCCCGCGAGUUCCAACGUCAAAUGAAGCUGCAACGCGAGGCACGAACUGCUGGCGACAACAACGCUCUCGAGGCUACACAAGGAGACAAGCAAAAUAUUCUGGAGCAGGUCUACUACGGCAAAGAGAAGCCCGAGGGCUGGAGGGAACGCAGAGCACAGGAAGAUCAGAAGGCUCUUGCUGAGGGCAAAGGUCUGAGCGACAUCAUCCUGGAUCAGAUCUGGGACGUCUGGACCUGGGGCAAGCACAAGGAGGCUCAACUUGUAGCUGAGGUCAAGUCCGAGGGGGACAAGAAGAACUAG